UCAUGAAUCCUGAACUUCCUUCAUUCUCAAGUGUGUGUGCCACUAUCCAAAGGGAAGAAACUCGCAGAAAAAUCAUGACUGUGGAAUUAAAGUCAAAUAUACCAGAAUCUAGGGUAUAUUUCUCAAAUCACAAGUCUAGUGAAGAGAGGAGAUAUAAAGGAAAGAAACCCACUGUGAAGUGUAGCUAUUGUGAUAAUGGUGGACAUACACGAGAUCAUUGCUGGAUUCUCCAUCCUGAACUAAGGCCCAAGCAUUCGAGGGACAGCAACAAGAGCUUCAUUAGAGGAGCACACAACUCAUCACCCAAGGCAAAUCAUACCAUGACCUCUCAUUUCGAGGAAGCACAGAUGUUCACCUCUAAUCCGGCCAUGCUGAUAAAUGAAUUUGCUGCCUUCCUUCACAAGAAACAAGGUGGUGGGGAGAAUGAAGGAUCAACCAGUCAUGUUGACAACAAACCAGCUGCUCUACUUGGGCAGUUUGCUGGUUUUUUGGCUGGGAAAGAAGGCGUGACACAACAAGAUAUUCCAGGAUAUCACCACCAAGAAGAUGAUUGGUGAAGGUUUUUUUCUAAACGGCCUUUACUAUCUUUUCCAGCAUGCUCAAACUCCCAAGGCUUUUCAAGUCACCUCAAGCCUGAUUCAGGAACAACAACUUUGGCACCGAC